AUGCAGGAGAUGUUCCGGAACGUUCCUGGGACGGACUGCAUGUGUGAAAGAGGUCGUAACUCUUGGUACGGUGAGUGUGUUGCGGGACACACUGGAGGAGGAAAGCUGCAGACAAACGGACAGGCCGAGGGACAGGCGGACAGGCUGACCGAGACUGUGUCCUUCGCCGGCAGAACACAAAGCAACGAGCGGGGAUCCAUCAGACCACCGCUCCUGUCGGAGGAAGCAUCAGAGAGCGAGUUCGGGUUCAGGGCCGUGGAACGCUGGCAGCCAGGCCAGCUCCACAAAGGCACCAGACUCCAGUCGGGAAGCCCUCCAGCAGGAACUCCAUCUCCUUCAUCAGGGAACCGGAUCGAGCUGGUCCAUGAGCAGACUGAGACGGGCACAGAGGAGGGCCGAUGGUCUGACUCCGCCAGGUGGUGGCGAGGACAGAGAGAUUCGGUUCUCAAAAGCUUCCUGCAGGGACAGACAUCAGGACACCAUGUCCACAACGCUCCUAACAUGAAGAGGGAGAAGGCUCUGCUGAGCAGGAAGUUAUGUUGUGAGGACAGGAGAGGUGUCCAUCAGGCCUCUCUGGCCGACCUGGAGCUGGUGGGGUCGGAGGUAAUCACGGACAGCUCAGACUGCAGCGCCCCCUGUGGGGUGGGUCUGAGAACGCAGACCCUGUGUCUGAGGGGCGAGGAGAGAACUGCACCUGAAGGAGAAGACAAGGCGUGUCGUGUGCGCAGGGUGCCGUGCGUGGACGACUGGAGGUGCGGCCUGGAGACCCUCACCGUCCAGGAGGGAGCCCGCCUGGAGAUCAACUGUCUGGGGGACGUGAUGCAGGCCAUGGGGCCCUUCUCCUGGAGGGUGUCAUGGCGAUUCGCCCGCGGUGUCAUCACCUCUGACGACCGCCUGUUCUCCCGCCUGGAGGUCCCGGGGCUGGACCGCGUGGUCCUAGAGCCCGCCUCCGAGCACCACGCAGGUACGUACCGCUGUGACGUGCAGGACUGGGCCCACCGCCGGGGGAAGCGGGCGUACUGGGGGGUGAGGGUCCUACCCCAGGGGGUGGUGGACCUGGACUACCCCGGUUCCCCGGCCCCCGGGCCCCAGAACCCAGACCGGAUCCGACUGUUCCUCACCUGCACUGUGCCCUACAUGGUGCUGGUGGGUCUGGGGGUGUCCACCGGUCUGGCAGGUCUGACCGUGAUGGGGCUCUACCGGGUCCUGGUCCGGGGUAGGGGGAUUAGCGGGAGCCAGGAGAACCAGGAGAUGGAGCCGCGGAGAGACAGAAAGACCCGGAGGUCUGACUUUGAGCGUUCCGGUGCUUGUCUGUCUGAGGUCGAAUCAUAACCGGACUGA